AUGCCCCACUUCUUUGGUCACUCCUCCGUGUCCUUCCUGGAACGUUUUCAGUUGCUGCAGCGCUGCGGGCAUGGCGAGGGCGCGCGGCGUGGCCGGCUUCCGACGGACGCGCUCUCCCUCAUGGAUGUGCUGCUGCACAUCAACAGCAUCUUCACCAUCUUUUCUCGCCUGAAACAUGCCCUUGACACCGCACAGACGAGCGGUGCUUCGCAGGGGCUGGGGGCGGGCGACGACUUGGGACACGCUGCGCGUCACCUGCAGGAAGACAUGUCGGACUUCGACCGCGGGCUCGCGGAGGAGGUCCUGGGGCCGCUGCUGCUUUCGUGUCUUAGUUUUUACGUGCAUCAGAGCAUUGGCAUGGUGACCAUACGUAGAGCCUUGUGCGCGCUUCUCGAGACCACUCCGUACCUGCGCGAGGUGGGCGAGGAGGCGGCGGUGGAGCCAACGCUGAGCUCGAAUAUCGCCCUGUUGCUGCUGAACCUCUCGCGGGCGCUGCUUCGCUGCCAGGCCGGGAAGGAGCUGCUCCCAAGGACGCUCAGGCCGGCGGAAGGGGAGGAGCGGCGGGCGCCGACGGUGCUGCCGCUCCUGCCGUGGCUACUAUCAAGCGCCGAGCACGCAACGCAGAAGCCGACGUGGUACUGGUGGGAGUCCCAGAACCCGCGCACCUUGUGCGGCCUCAUCGGCGGUGCGGUUGUGUACCGCAGCCCGAGCUGUGAGGCUGCCGCGGAGGAGGAUGCCUUCUCGGUGUCGUACGCCGCGCGGGCGGUGGCGGGGAAACGCGGCCGCGAGGCACACGACGGCACUACCGCGGCGGCUUUGGGGAAGCAUGAGGAGACCACCUCAGCGUUGCCGAGCCAGGUGCGUGGCGCCGAGCUCUUCGCCGGUAUUCUUUCCCUUCCGUACGUCGUUCAGGGGAUGAUUUUGGAGUACCUUUCACCGCGUGCCCUGUCCGCCGCGGUUUGCGUCUGCAAGGCGUGGUGGAUGCUCAUCGAGCGCUGGUCCCCCGUGCUGCGGUUUUAUCUGCUUUCCAGCCGAGCCGUGACGCGGGUGUUUCUUCAGUUCUUUGAGGACGACUGGGGAAAGGCGUGGGUGCGGGUGGAUGCGCUGACCACCUUUCGGCGGCUUGCCCUGCAGCAAAUGCGGCUGCGCUUAGUGCAGAACCGUCUGCAGCAGCGACGCGCGUCCGCGGCGUCGCUUGGCAACUUUGUCGUGCGCCUUUACGGCGAUCGUGGAACGGCGAGGCUGCAGUGGAGAAUGUUGGAGGGGCUGUGGAACGCCAUUGAGGUGGAGAUGAAGCUGCUUCCGUUUCUGGCCCUCCGCGAAGCGCGGCUCCCUUCGCUGCUCCGCGACGGGGCGGCCUUCUUGUGCUGCAGCACCCUCUCGCGUGGGGCUGCCCGGGUGCAGGUGGCGCAGGUGAUGGCGUCGCUGCGUGGCCCUGACCGCCCCUGCCUCUCACUCCUCGAGGAACUGUUGGGACGCUGGUCGCUGCUGCUUGGCGUGGCGCAUGCGCCGUCGGGGGCGGCGCCCGAACGACUCUGA